UGCUCAGAGGCCACCAAACUGGAGCUCCGCCUCCAUAAAAGAAACGUCACCAAAAAGGGUCAAAGGCGGUGCAGAAAGCACAGUGGAGACAGCUUGGAAGGGACCAUGGCGUCCGACUCCAUCCUGGCGUCGAAGCAGGCAGAGGAGGUGGUCCAAGGCGUCCCGACGCAGGUGGUCUGCACGGCUUUUGGGAACAUGAUCCUGGUGGUGGUGACCCAAUACGGGAAGAUGGGGACCCUCAUCUCAGUGGAGCCCAGCGUAGUGGCAGACAACCUCAGCCGGCCCCUGCUCACCACCAAAGUCCUGCUCGGCAAAGAUGAGCCUCUGGUCCACAUUUGUGCCAAACAUCUUGUGUCCUCGGUGUCUCAAGAGGCCGGGAAUAAGCCUGUUCUGCUAGCCAUGGCCUUGAAGGAUAAAAGCAUCGAAGGGGUCCGAAUGCUCCAAGAGGUGAUCAGUCGAUGCCGAGUGUGGUGAGACCCUAACCUCCACCCUGGAAGACUUCCACCCUUUUCAACCAACCUCUGCUCUUGGACUUAUCUUUGCCCUGUAGGCACAUUUUUAUUUUUAUUGUAUUCAUAUUAUUUUAGACCUUUUUUAAAAAAAAAUGAGAUCCUGGGACACAAAAACAUCUGGGCAAAAUUGUGACCGUGCAAGUUUUGACGCCACAAUUCGCCUGUAAUGCAAUAAAGGGCUUUGCAAAAUCUCCA